AUGUGUAUUUUGGAGGUUUUGUUUCGUGCUUGGCUGGUGUUUUUGCGAAACCCUGGAUUUAAUUUCGCUUAUUUCCGAGAUCUGAACAUAGACACGAGUAAAAAUACAGACAAUACUAAGACCCUACUGGACUUAUUGUGCAUAUACAAUCUAAAAAUAAAAAUAGAUAAACCAACCAGAGUAACAAAGCAUAGUGAAACUAUUAUUGAUCAUGUAAUAACAAAUAUUCCUACAUGCUAUUGUGACACACAGGUAAUAAACUCCACAUUAGCAGACCAUUUUGCAAUCAUGAUAGACAUAAAUAUAAAGACUAGUGAUUCAGUGCAGAAGAUAUGGGAGAUGAGAAGACAGAACUACCCACAUAACAUAAAUCUGCUAAAAAAGAUGUUAGAGGCAGAAAACUGGGAAACAAUAUAUGCAGCUAAAGAUGCAAACACCAAAUGGAACCAGUUUUAUUCUUUAUUCAAUUAUUAUUAUGAUGUUACAUGUCCUGUUAGUAAAAGGCUUGUCAAACAGAAACAAAAAAAGAAAAGCUGGGUGACUGGAGAAGUAAUCCAUGCCAGAAAUAAUCUGAGAGUGUAUUAUGACCUCUCCAAACAAAAAAAUAAUGAGGCCUACAACACACUGUAUAAAAUAAAAAAGAAAGAGUACUGUAGUUUUAUCAGAGAAACUAAAGCAUCAUUCAUCAGGAUGUCUAUAGAUAAGGGAAAGAACUACUCAAAAGGUUUAUGGUCGUUCAUUAAUGGAGAGAGAGGAAAAGUAACAAAUCGGGCAGAGGACAUCUGCCCACUGAUGAGUGGGAAAAGCAACGCAAACCCUCUAGAAGUAGCCAAUACUUUUAACAGAUAUUAUAUUACUGUAGCAGACGAAUUAAUAAGUCAAAAUAAAACAAAUGCAGUAAGUAAAUUGUUAAACCCCCCACAUACAAAUCAUACUAUGGUUUUCAUACCUACAACAGAUGCAGAAGUGUCAAACCUAAUAAAACAACUUAAAAUUAAACAUUCUUCUGGCUUGGAUGGUGUCACAUCACAUCUCAUAAAGGAAUGCAGAGAAUGUAUAUUAAAACCAUUGACACACAUGCUGAAUGCUGCGAUAGAAGAAGGUAUAUUUCCAGAUUCACUGAAAGUGAGUAAAGUGAAGCCAAUAUUUAAGAAAGGGAACAGGGAUGAAUUAGGAAAUUACAGGCCAAUAUCAUUGAUCUCAACAUUUGCUAAAAUCUAUGAAAUGAUAAUAAAGAAUAGAAUUGUAAGUUUUAUAACAAAGUACAGUAUACUGCAUUCAUCACAACAUGGUUUCAGAGAAGGGAAGUCAACAAAAACAGCAUCAACAGAUAUAAUUGAGCACAUUCUUAAUUUACUUGACAGGCAACAAAAGACUUGCGAGAAAUUGCAAAUAACCUUUACUUGUGUAGGUAAUCUGGACACAGUCUUCGCAGUCAGGACUGUGUUCAUUCACAAAGAUAAUGCUGCAAUUAAUUUCAUUCAGCCAGUACCAGUCCUUCUUAAGGACAGCACAUUUAUGUGCAACAAAAGUAGCUCAUUUUUGCUGCAGGGAGAUAGAUUCAAAAUACUUGUCAUGAUCGUCAACUGCUGCAUGGUCGAUAGUCAACUCUCUGUCACUGCAAAAAUUCAGUGUAUUAAAGUGAUUACGGAGAUCAAGUGUCGCCUGCAUAGUGUAUGUUCACCCACAAAGAUGACCCAAAACUUGUGA